UGACGGAGCCUAUUGCACCCGAAAGAUGGCGGCGCUGGGGAAGAGCAUGCGGUGUGCAGGGCAGCCGUUGCUGCCGGUGAUCCAGACGUGGGAUCUUGACCCACGGCGCUGGGUGCGGGCUCUGCGACGGAGUCCUGUGAAGGUGGUGCUCCCGUCGGGACAGGUGGUGGAGCGGAAGCGCGCUCCUGAGAAGCAGCCCAGCAAGACGGCGUCUGAAGACCGUCUCCACCAGCAGCGACAGAAGCAGCCGCCUCAGGUGUCCCCAUCCCAGACGCCCAGCACCUGGGAAGAAACAGGGCUUCGCUACGAUAAGGCUUAUCCCGGGGAUAAGCGGCUGAGCAGUGUGAUGACAAUAGUUAAGUCCAGGCCAUUUCGGGAUAAACAAGGGAAGAUCCUGCUGGAAGGUCGCAGGCUGAUUGCAGACGCUCUCAAGGCUGGAGCUGUACCAAAAGUUUUCUUCUUUAGCCGUUUGGAAUACAUAAAGGAGCUCCCGGUUGAUAAGCUGAAAGGUGUCAGCCUCAUUAAGGUGAAGUUUGAGGAUAUCAAGGAUUGGUCCGACCUAGUAACGCCACAAGGAAUACUGGGGAUUUUUGCCAAACCUGACCAUGUUACAAUGACCUAUCCAAAGACUCAGCUUCAACAUUCACUGCCCUUAUUUUUGAUUUGUGACAAUCUCCGUGACCCUGGGAACCUGGGGACGAUUCUGAGAUCUGCUGCUGGGGCAGGGUGCAGCAAAGUAUUACUCACCAAAGGCUGUGUGGACCCUUGGGAGCCCAAAGUGCUGCGGGCAGGGAUGGGAGCACACUUCCAGGUGCCCGUUAUCAACAACCUGGAGUGGGGAACGGUGCCAGACUACCUGCCCCCGGACACCCGGGUCUACGUGGCUGACAACUGUGGCCUCUAUGCCCGGGCCCAGCAGUCUAAUAAAGCCAGUGACCACGGCUGGGUGUGUGAUCGAAGAUUCCUGAAGUUUCAUAAGUAUGAGGAGGGAGCCGAGGAGGACCUAGAAACUGCAGCCCGUAAAGGCUGGCUCCCUGAACUUGAAGUCCAGAGCUACGAUGUGAACUGGGCAGAGCCGCCAGCGGCUGUGGUGGUAGGUGGAGAGACCCACGGCGUGAGCCUGGAGUCCCUGCAGUUGGCCGAGAGCACUGGGGGCAAGAGGCUGCUGAUCCCCGUCGUGCCUGGUGUGGACAGCCUCAACUCGGCCAUGGCUGCCAGCAUCCUGCUUUUUGAAGGGAAAAGACAACUGCGGCUACAGGUGGAACGCCUGAGCAGGGCAGCUGGCGCCGAUGGACACAGAGGCAGUCCUGUCUGAGGACGUCGCCAGCUCCUCCUAGCCUGGCACCUAGCCAGGGGGCUGGCUUCUCAGGCCACGAUCCGGAGGGAAGAGGAGGUAGACACGACACCUUCAUAGGGUUAUCAGAAAAUGAGAAUUUUGAUUUUUCUUCAGGCAUAAAAAAGGUCAGAAUUUUAGAAUUCUUCCUAGAUCCCCAUCUCUCCACUGAUUUUGAGGUUGUAUCUUUUUUGGGGGAAAGGGAAUGAAAGCAAAUGAUCCACAUGGCUCUAUGUGUUUGUGUUUUAAAAGUUGUCCAGAAAGGAUUAUCUUGGGCCCAGAAAGUUCCUGAAGACAUUCUCUUGGGCAGGGAGGAAUUUUGCCGCUGGUGGGUGUUCUACAUACCCAGCACUGGUUAUAGGUUAUGGCCACCUCACUUCUGUUUGGACAUCUGUCGGUGGAAAAUAAAUUCCUAUGAAGGGUAUGAACUGUAAUCGGAGAUUGCAUUAAAAUGUUUAGGGGUGGUCA